GCUUGGUCGAGGUUUUCUUUUUCUUCUUUUUCUCUCUUUUUCUUCAUUUGUAAUCAUCCUAUAUAUUCAAAUUCAAAUUACAUUUUUAUUUUAAUAUUUUUCUUUCCAUAAUGUCAGCAAUUGCCAACUCUGACACAAACGCAGCUUCAGCCUCCCCUCCAACAUCCAAUCCCAGCUCAUUCCGCACCAAACACGUUCUGCUAGGAGCCACCGGCAGCGUAGCCAGCAUCAAAAUCCCGCAACUCGCGCAAAACAUUCUCACACUCGGGCACCACCACAACCUCUCCAUCACCAUUUCCAUAGCAGCAAGCGCCUCCUCCCUACAUUUCUUCCGGCAAUCUCAGCUUCCCCCCAAAGUCACACUGUAUACAGAUAAGGACGAGUGGUCGCAGUGGCAGAAGAUCGGUGAUCCUGUGUUGCAUAUUGAGUUGCGGAAAUGGGCGGAUCUCGUUGUGGUGGCCCCGUUGGACGCUAAUACUAUGGCGAAGGUUGUUGGUGGGUUUUGCGAUAACCUUUUGACUUGUGUAUUGAGAGCUUGGGAUAUGCGGAGGCCUAGGGUGGUGGCGCCGGCGAUGAACCAUAUGAUGUGGGAACAUUCGGUUACUAAUGUCCAGGUUAGGCAGUUGAGGGAGAUGGGGUUUGUCGUGGUGGAUCCCGUGGAGAAGGCCCUGGCGUGCGGUGACUAUGGGAUGGGCGCGAUGGCGGAGCCUGAACAUAUUGCCAAGGUCGUUGUCGAGCAGCUGCUGUUGCAAGAGACGGACCAGUAAACGUAAAAAACAAUGCCAAUGCUAUUGUUUUUAAAU